CAAAUGUUCCAAGCAACAACAACAAUGAACAAACGAAACAAAGAAAAGUUCAUCUUUCUUUCCUCUCAUAUCUCUCGGUGACGUGUAUUCCAUUCUCACUCAAUCCCUUUAUUCCUUCCUCUUUCCUCUUUCUUCUUUCUUCUUACUUUCCUCAAACCCAAACUUCCAAAUCAAAAUUAAUUACAAAGCUCCUUUUUCUUUUUCCUCAACAAAAAAAAAAAAGAAAAAAGAAAAUCCCGCGAUCUUCGGAAGUCACUCCCUCAAACUCAACCAUGCAACUUUCUUCCACAUCCAUUAACCCAUGGUUCAGUUUCCGAACUCGCACUUCCAACCGUCACCGUAACAUUUACCUCCUCUCAUCAGAACCACCUUCCACCACCACCGCAUUCUCACCACCUUUCACCAACCAUUUACUCCCUCGUUCUUCUCCAUCAUCAUCACAACACAAAAUCAACACCACUAACAACAACAGCAAUCCUCUCUCGUUUCUCGUUUCUCAUAGAAAACCGAGAAAAAGAACAACACUCUUCACCGUAACCGCGGUGUUCGAACGGUUCACAGAAAGAUCAAUUAGAGCAAUAGCCUAUUCACAAAAAGAAACCAGAGCCUUCAAAAGCAAUACCAUUGAGGCACGGUAUCUCAUGCUCGGUCUCAUAGCUGAAAGCGAGGAAGAUAGUUCUCAAGACGGUUUUCUUGAUUCCGGUGUCGUUACUCUUGAGAAAGCUCGUGAUGCUGUUCGCGGUAUGAACAUAGACGAUUCAAAACACUAUCAUAGGAAUAAGAAGAAAAGUUGGUUUGAUGAGUUCCUUUAUGAAGAAGAUGAUAGUUCUAUUCCGUUUGGUUUUGGAACGAAGCGUGUGUUUGAAGCUGCUGUUGCAUAUUCGAGAUCUUUGGGGCAUAAUUUCGUUGAUCCUGAACAUAUUUUUAUUGCUAUGGUUAAAGCUGAUGAUGGAAGUGCUGGUCGAAUUCUUAAUAGACUCGGAAAAUCCCCAGGUGACAUGGCAGAUGUGGCGUUCUCCAAAAUACAAAAAGAACUUGCUAAAGAUGAUAGAGGGCUACGUAUGCUGUCCAAUGGGGUGCACAAAAAAUCUAUUUCACAUAAGCGUUCCGAUGCAGGAUCUUCUGCCACAACAAAAGAGAAGAGUGCUCUAUCACAAUUUUGCGUGGAUCUCACUGCCAGCGCAAGUUUAGGAAAAAUUGAUCCAGUUAUUGGUCGAGAAGUUGAAGUUCAGAGAAUUAUUCAGAUACUAUGCCGAAAGACAAAAAGCAAUCCCAUUCUUCUGGGUGAAGCUGGAGUUGGAAAAACAGCUAUUGCAGAGGGACUGGCAAUUCUUAUUUCUCGGGCAGCUGUUGCUCCCUUUUUAUUGACAAAACGUGUCAUGUCCUUGGAUGUAGCACAAUUAAUGGCCGGGGCAAAAGAAAGAGGAGAGUUAGAGGACCGUGUUACAAAAUUAAUAAAAGACAUAGUAAAGUCAGGUGAUGUCAUUCUUUUCAUCGAUGAAGUUCACACGCUUGUUCAAUCAGGGACAAUCGGAAAGGGAAAUAAGGGUUCUGGCCUUGACAUUGCUAAUUUACUUAAACCUUCUCUUGGAAGGGGUCAGUUUCAGUGUAUUGCUUCUACCACCAUAGAUGAAUACAGGCUUCAUUUCGAAAAGGAUAAGGCUUUGGCACGACGGUUUCAACCUGUUUGGAUCGAUGAGCCAAGUGAGGAUGAUGCGAUUAAGAUACUUACGGGUUUACGUGAGAAAUAUGAGGCACACCACAAAUGCAGAUAUACAGAAGACGCUAUAAAGGCUGCAGUUCAUUUGUCAGCAAGAUACAUAGUUGAUAGGUAUCUACCUGAUAAAGCUAUUGACCUCAUAGAUGAAGCAGGAAGUAGAGCUCGUAUUGAAGCCUUUAAAAUGAAAAAAGAACACAGUGAUUGCAUGCUUUCUAAAAGCCCAGAAUAUUAUUGGAGAGAAAUUAGAAUUGUUCAGUCCUUGAUUACAAAGGUGCAGGAGACCAAGCUUAAAUAUUACGGCACAUCUAGCAUUGAGGGUGACUGUGAACUCAUACUGGACUCAUAUCUAGCUUCAGCAGCAUUUGAUAACGAAUGUAUAGAAGUUACACCUGAUGAUAUAGCAGCAGUUGCUUCCCUCUGGUCAGGAAUUCCAGUUCAGAAGCUUACUGCUGAUGAAAGAACUCUUCUGUUAGAUCUUGAUAAUAAACUUCGGGAACGUGUGAUUGGACAAGAGGAGGCUGUUGCUUCCAUUUCUAGAUCUGUGAAGAGAUCUCGAGUUGGUCUUAACGAUCCCGGUAGACCUAUAGCAACUUUGCUAUUCUGUGGCCCAACUGGCGUUGGGAAAACCGAACUUGCAAAAUCUUUGGCGGCAUGCUACUUUGGAUCGGAGGAGGCCAUGAUACGGUUAGACAUGAGUGAAUAUAUGGAUCGGCAUACAGUGAGCAAAUUGAUAGGAUCUCCCCCAGGUUAUGUUGGUUAUGGAGAAGGGGGUGUUUUAACUGAAGCUAUUAGAAGAAACCCAUAUGCAGUGUUAUUGUUGGAUGAAAUAGAGAAAGCUCAUCCAGAUAUAUUCAAUAUUCUUCUUCAAUUAAUGGAAGAUGGCCAUCUUACUGAUUCUCAGGGUCGAAGAGUUUCAUUUAAAAAUGCAUUGGUGGUGAUGACUUCAAAUGUGGGGUCUAGUGCCAUUGCGAAGGGUCGACACAACUCCAUAGGUUUCUUGAUUUCAGAUGACAAAUCAACAUCAUACAAUGGAUUGAAAUCGAUGGUAUAUGAAGAACUGAGGACAUAUUUUCGUCCAGAACUGCUUAACAGGAUAGAUGAAGUGGUGGUGUUUCGUCCCCUUGAAAAGCCACAGUUACUCCAAAUAUUGGAUUUACUGCUUCAAGAGUUGAAGAAAAAGGUCAUGUCACGAGGAAUUGAUAUAGAAAUAGAAGUGUCUGAAUCAGUCAAAGACCUUGUUUGCAAGGAAGGCUAUGUCCCAACAUAUGGUGCUAGGCCUCUCAGGAGGGCCGUUGUAGCAUUAAUUGAAAAUCCAUUGACUGAUGUAUUGCUUGUUCCUGAUAAGUUCAAGAAAGGUGACACUGCCUUCAUUGAUUUGGAUGCCAACGGUAACAUCGCUGUUACCAAUCGGGUUGAUCAAACAGUCAAUUUAUCCGACACAAGUCAUCCCUGAGUGAUUAACCAUUGUACAGAAGUAGCUUGGUAGGUGUAUAUACAAUACACAAUUACUCCAAUCAUAUACUGAAAGAUGUUUUGGCUCCUCUUUGUUAGCUUAGUAUUCUCAGAUGUCAAAAAUGUAACAACACAUUACUUGAUAGCUGUGUAAAGCUGUAUUCAAAUUGAAUUCAUUGAUGAAAGUAUAUACCUAUGUUUAACCGAAGAA